AUGACUGCCCUUGGCAUUACUCUAGAGGAUGUGAAUGAAGCACUUCUGAUGAAUUCUAAACUACAAAUAGAACUUCAGCAGAAAUACACGGAGCUUGUAGAAGCGAUGAAUCGUAUAUCAGCACUUAGAGCAGCUCUUUCUAGAUCAAACAACUGCACUAAGAUACGUAGACGUCUUAUGAGGAAACGUGAACCUGAACGUGCCAAUUCUUCUUUACCACUGUACUAUCUUAAUACAUAUAUGAAUCAAAGUUUAUCUCUUGGUCCCUUUAGAGAUGCUGGUAUUUAUGCGGAGGGAGGGAUUCCACGAUACGCGCAAAUUCCACUCUCACAGGAUGAAAUCCGCUGGCGUGAAGCAUUCUCAUCAUUUCCACUAUUACAGCGUGAGAUUCAUAUAACAACGAUGCAAGAGAAUGCAGAAGAAGUAUCAGAUUCACACUCCUGGAGUAAAAAAGAUGAUGAUAUAUUAGUUACGGCAGUUUCUAGCUAUAAUGGUAUUCCAUGUGGUCCAAUGUUCUGGAAAGCAUUAGGAUUUUCUGAUAAAACACGUUUUGAGAUUGCCUGUAGGUACGUUGCAUUGCGAAUCCGCAAAAAAAAUAAGCUCUUUACCGCAAAUAAAUGUACUCAAUUAUUGAGUGAUACCGAAAAAAAAAAGGCCAUAUGGGAAGCAGUAAGAAAACAUCUUGGAGAUGUGGGAGCUAUGUUCGCUGCAUACGCUGAAUACCUCUCUACUACUGCGCGAUGUUUGAUGUAUAUGGAAGAAGCGGAAAGUGGUUCCACGGCUUUGUUUCCACCUUACAUAUGGGAUAAUCGAAAGAAUUUUCUUAGAGCGAUUAAAAAUUUCCUAAGUGAAACACCCAUCUCAACUGUGCAUCAUACAAAUCAAUCUUGUCUUGACGAAAUGUUGUUGAUACACACCCAUGAAAUAAAAACAACACAGAAACCGUCAUUAGUGGACCUCACAGCUUGUCUUUUAGCUUUUAAAAGUGAUGUACUUGGUGAGAAGUGUGGAGUGGAUGAACUCAGGCAGUUUUUUAUUCCCUUUGACAUCCCCAUUAGGUUAACGUUGCGUGAUUUAACGCAACUAAAAUUGUGA